AUGUCUGUCCCUCUCUCUGUCCUCUGUAAAUGUUAAUGGAAUCCAUGGAGAGGCUAGUCCAAGUGCCAGAAACAGAGGUGCAUAUUGACUUCACACCUAAUUGCAAGUGCCGUGCCAACGUACGCCUCAACUCUCUCUGCGCCACCUCCCCCGUCGCCUUCAAGGUUCAAACCUCUUCACCACACAAGUUUCUUGUCAACCCACCCACCGGACUCCUUCCUCCCUUAGGCUACGCCACCCUCCAAAUCAUCCUCAAGCCUCAGCCACAAGCCCCGCCCGCUUUCCCUCGCUCCCCCUCCGAUCGCUUUCUCCUCAAGACGGCGCUUUUCCCGGCCGACGUGUCCCAGUCGACUGACGGCGAGUUUCUCAACUCGUGGUUCUCCACUCUUCCUCGCGGUUCCACUCACGACAUUAGGCUCAAGGUUGCCUUUGUUGGCCUGUUUCUUCUCCACCACGCGGUGGGUAAAGGAGACUGUGAGGCCGUGAAGAACAUAAUCAAGAGACAAAAGCAGAUUCUGCUGAAUUUGGCGCCAAAUGAAGCUGAGUCGCUCCUCCGAGUCGCUGCCGAUUUGGCUAACUCGGAGGACAUGGUUAAUAUCCUGCUUGAAGCCGGGUUGAGCAUUCAGGCGCGAGCCAGGAUUUGUGGAACUACCAAUGUGGGUUUUUAUCUGAUAGAUCCUCGGUGGGAAUCCAAGGGGUGGAACGAGCUACACGUGGCGGCACUUUUCGAUCGAACGGAGGAGACUUCUAGCUUGGUGAAAGGGAGGGGAUCUGCGGCGUUGGAUUGCAGAGACAAGGAGGGGAGGACAGCGCUGCAUUUUGCGGCAAGCAAGGGAAAUAUCGGGUGUGCUAAGGUAUUGUUGGAAUCCGGUGCAGAGAAAGAUGCUCGGAGUAAGGACGGUAGGACCGCAUUGUAUAGAGCAGCAGCAAACGGGGACCAUCCGAUGGCGGAGAUGCUGAUGGAGGCGGGUGCGGACCCCACAAUUUCGGAUCAUCGAGGCCGUUCACCUCUUGAUGUUGCCCGCGAAAAGGGACAAGAGAAUAUCAUUGCGACGCUUGAACGCGGAGAACAAGUGCUAAUGGCAGCAAGACGGGGGGAAGUAGAUGAGCUUGAGCGGCUGCUGGUGAGGGGUGCGAGCGCCAAGUACUGUGAUCAAUAUGGGGUGACUGCGCUGCACGCAGCGGCCAUGAAAGGGCAAAAGGAGGCAGUGCUACUGCUGCUUGACAAGGGUUGGGAUUUGGAGUGCUGCCGGGAUAACGAAGGGCACGAGCCGCUGCAUAUGGCGGUGGAGAGCGGGAGUAUUGGCACAGUUGAGGUGUUGGUUGGCAAGGGAGCCAAUGUGAAUUCCAAGACCAAGAGUGGUGCCACUCCUCUUUACAUAGCUAAAGCCCUGGGUUAUGAAGCCAUCUCCAAGUUUCUUAUCUCCAAGGGAGCUUUCUCUUCUACUUCUUCUCUGUCAUGUAUAAUUAAAGAUUGACAAUAAAACUUGAGAUGGAGAAGCAAACAGCUUUGACCAUGUAAAAUUUCAAUUACUUUAUAUAUGCAAUAAAUUACAUUAAUAAAAA